AUGGGCAGACGCCAGAAGGCCCUCAAGCGAACACGUAACACUGCGAGUCAACAUCAGCUGCUGCGCGCAGCUGCUGCUGGAGGACAGCAGCAGCAGCAGCAGCAGCAGCAGCAGCAAACUGACCGUGAACUUUUUUGCUGCUGCAGCAUCGCCCACGAAAGUCACAGUCAAGAACCUCAAGCCAGGAACAAUUUACAAACUGACUUGUUUGUACCGGCACGUGCCUUCGAACUUUCUUUUUCGUUUUUGCGCCAAGACAAAGAACAAGCUGAAGGCAAAGCUGCAGCAGCAGCAGCAGCAGCAGCAGCAGCAGCAGCAGUACGCCACUGA